UUUUGAUUACGUUCCCCGAUGGACUGUUUUGCUGUGUCUUCGUCGUCGAAACUGUUGUUCCCAAAAUGUUGGUGAAUGGCGAGAGACCGCUGAAUCAGUGUCCUGUUUCGUCGCAGUUCGGAGAUACAAGCUGGGGAUCACAGUGCCCAGUGGUUGGACAAUGGAACGUCCAACCGCCAGACGUAUGUUUCAGUGGUUACAAUCAAAACUACGUUGGAACAACAGUGCCUUGUUACAGGAACGUAUACGAACAUGUGUCGUAUUAUCAUCAAGUACCAUAUCAAACGCCGGUUCAAUACGCCCGUCAGACCGUUAUACCUAAUCUGCCAUGCCAUCAGGAGCAAUGGAAUUACAACAACAUGUGUUACGACGUGGAUGGCCAACCUUGCCAAUACGCAGGCGUUAUAGAUUUGGAGGAUUUUAUGAAUAAUGAGAAGAGGAAGGAGAAAUCUCGUGUGGCUGCCCGAUGCAGGCGCACAAAAGAGAUGCAGAUAUUCACCGAGCUAACGGCCGCCCUCCCUGCGAGGAAGGAAGAAGUGGAGCAACUGGACAAAGCCUCCGUGAUGCGUCUCGCUAUAUCUUACUUGCGCGUGCGCGACGUCGUAUCCAAACUGCCUAUCGAUGCGGCGGAGCAACAGACACCCAACCCUAAAGGAUUGGAGGAGGUGUCUUCCGAGCUGUCCUACAUGAAAGCCUUAGAUGGUUUCGUAUUGGUUAUCUCGCAGCAAGGGGACAUCGUAUAUUGCAGUGAGAACAUUUCUGACCACCUUGGCGUCUCUCAGAUGGAGAUCAUGGGUCAGAGCGUGUUCGAGUUCAGUCAUCCGUGUGACCACGAGGAGGUCCGCGAAGCUCUUCGCUCCAGCAACGGGAGACGCGAACUGCUACUCCGUCUGAAGUGCACCCUCACUAGUAAAGGCAGAAAUGUACAUCUUAAGUCUGCUUCCUAUAAGGUUAUCCACAUCACUGGGCAUAUGCUUACUCAAAAAGUGAAAACCGAAGAAAAGAAUAACAAUAAUGAAAAUGGAUCAGAUGACAAGCGGGCAGAUAGAGCUGGUUCCCUCAUAGCGGUGGGACGUCCCAUACCGCAUCCAGCUAAUAUACAGACACCGCUGGACACCAUGACCUUCCUGUCCCGGCACAGUCUAGACAUGAAAUUCACAUACACUUACCCUGACGCGUUAAUGAACACGCUAGGUUUUCAACCCGACGAACUGGCUGGCAAGUCCUUGUACGACUACCACCAUGCGGCCGACAGUGCCGGACUGGCUCAUCAGUUCAAAUCACUUUUCUCCAAAGGCCAAUGCGAAACCGGUCAAUAUCGCUUUUUGGCCAAAUCUGGCGGUUACGCCUGGGUUCAGACUCAGGCUACAGUCAUCAACGACAAACAACAAAAGCCCGUCAGCGUAGUCUGUGUCAAUUAUAUCAUCAGCGGUAUCGAGUGCAAAGAUGAAGUGUUUGCUACACACCAAGUCCAGGAUGUGGACCUGAAACCAAACGUGGGUCCGACUUCUGUGACCGCGUCCACGUUGCUGUCGGAGCCAAUCUGUGUUUCUAUUGAAGAACCCAGUACCCCUGUGGUGGCCUUAAUAGCACCCGACGAAGAACGCCCAAUACCUGUUACUGAGUUAAUAUUCGCGCCACGAAAGAAAGAAAUGAAUAAAGGAUUUCUCAUGUUCUCACCAGACGAGGGUCAUACAAUGCUUAAAGACGAGCCGGAAGAUCUGACUCACUUGGCACCCACAGCCGGUGACACGUGCAUACCUCUGGAGAAUAGCCCUUUCGAUAUGUUCGAUGAGUUUAUGUUGAAUGACAACUACUGCAGCCUUUUGGGUGAUGAUUUGACUAAUGCGUCGCCAGUAGAUUCUCUGACACCGGAAUCAUUUUUGUUAUCUUCGCCCGAGCCACAGGAAACUGAAUCGUCAUGUGAACAAUCGUCAUUAUUAACAGAAUUAUCAUUAGACGCAUUUGACAGUGGCAGAUCAGACAAUGACAUUGACGAUGGACAUUCGCCUUUCAUACCGAUGAACGAUGAACGUCCGGUACUGGAGCCAGCAGUAAUGUGGGGUGCAUUGCCAGAUAAUGUUAGUCAAGCUCGACCCCAGCCUUCUGAAAUGCAACCGGUAACUGGUGCGCCAGCGUUACAACAGUUAUUAGCGGCUCCUACAACGGGCCCGCCUCCACAGGAUCUCAUUACUAAUAUUUAUUCAGAUCAAGGUCUAAUACCCUGUAGAAGUAUGCCUUCUUGGGAUACUGGUGUCAAAAGAGUGAUGAAGCAAGAGGAAGAACCGAGUGCAAAGCGAGCAAAACGUAGUCCCUCACCAGCGACGACAACUUCGCCGAAGCAACAGUCUUCCAGCGUCCUCAUGAACCUACUGCCCAUGGAUGGUCGUGUCCCACCGGAGAUGAUGCAACAGAACAAUAAUACUCCUAGUUACCAAUUGGUAAUGAAUCAGAAGACAUCACCGCAUCGUAUCUUAAACUGUAAUACUUUACCAAUACCCGUCAUUAAUAUUCAUACAGUGUCAAACUCAAAAGUAGCCAUGCUUCCCAACAACUCGAUACAAAAUUCCGCAAUCGAUACACACAUGACGAGUAACAUAUCAUGUCCUCUUAGUGUUAACGUGAACAGUCCGAUCUAUUCCUUGCCGUCCAGUCCUAACAAUUCAAUUUACAGUCCUGCCAUUAGCCCAGCACAGAGAGAUUUAGGCCUUAGUCCUUAUUCAACUCCGCAAUCCCUCUCUCCGAUCGGUAAGUUCAACCAGAUUUAUAGCCCAAGUAAGUUGGUGUCGCCAGGUGGCGUGCUUAAUGGAGGCGAUCCCUACCUGUCGAACAAGGUGCAGACCAGUCCAGGGUUCCCUUAUCAAGCGAGAGAUUUGCUCCUCGACUCUAACGUGUCAAUAUCAUCCCCAGACUUUUGGACGGACGCCGACAUUUUGUCUGGCACAAAUGAUCUGCUCACAGCAUUCGACGACGUUAAACUGUGAGUCUGAUCGGAUAAGAUUUCUCUGUGUCUGUUGGAAGUUGGAAAGAAUUACAUUUAUGACAAGUUAAACCGCCCGAUCAAAUGCUUUUUUUAUCUUGAAGCUUACAUUCCAAUAGGAACACAGGGAUAAGCAGAAAAGCAUCUGCAACACAAAUCACUCCAACGAAUGCAAUGUCUGAAAAUAAAUCAGAUUUACUAAACAACAGGAUUUCACUCAUACGUAUAAACCACUAAGGUAUAAAAAAGCGAUUCGAAUGCCGAAGUGGGGUAAUGAUAGAGUUACCUUAUGUUACAUAACAGAGUCGCUCCCGUUAAUUAUUUAAUUAUACAUUAAUAAUAAACAUAAGCUUAAACAUAUAUUAACUUUGAAUAAGGAAUAGGUCCAUUGUAAUUUGUUAAAAUUUCUUAUGAGUUUCUAUAAUCUCAAUAACUACCGAACGUAUCGUUUUAUAAUUCAAUAAUGUUUACAAUUUUCUAUAAUACCUAUAUAUUUUGAACAAUUUUAAUGUAUCUGUUUACAAACUUCAUUCGAGCUUCACUUCUGAUCUUAUGAGGUCUGGUCUUAUAUUAUUAUGUUAGUUCAAUCACAAUAUAGUAUUUACUUUGAAGUUUACUUUGAAAAUAUUGAUGUUUCUAUUUAGAGUGACAUACAUAAAAUUUUGUAUUUAUAAAUUAUUUUUGUAAUGCAUUUUAACACUGAAAUAAAUAUAAUGAACUGAAAUCCACAGAAAGAAUAAGGGUGAUGGAACGAUGUGACUUAGAGAAUAAUAUUAUUAUAAGGAAAUAAUUAGGUUAUAUAGAAUAUAUAAUAUUAUUACACAAUAACAGCAAAUAUAUUACGACUGGGUAUAUGUAUACUAGGUAUUAUAUAAGAAACAUAAUCAAAAUGAACAUAAUUGUUAUAGAUUUUGUAUGAUAAUGAAAAAAGGAUCGAUUUAUAAUUUUUUUUUGUUUCUCUGCCUAGUCUAUAUAGCACACCAACCCAACAAUGAAAAUUGGCAGUUUCAUUUAUGUAAAAAAUGUUUCAGAAUAUAAUUAUCAAAAGAAUCAUUUGAAUGUUACGUAUUAUGUUUAUAUAGUAUAUAAAUGAAUUAAAUUAUAUUUUAAGUUAUGUAGUUAAAUAUAUUGAGAGUAAUGGGUUAAUUAAGUAGUUCUUGUUUAAAUUUUAUGAACAAAAAUAUAUACUCAUUUAGAGCGUAAGUAUGUAUGUAUGCAAUUAAUUUUUCUUAUAAAAUGUAUUUUUUUUUAUGUUAAACACUGCCUGAAACUACUUAUCUAUAUCCUUUAUAAAGAAUGAUGCUAUUAAUUAUAAUUGUUUUGCAUUUUUAAAUGUUAGUACAUUACAUUAACUCUAGAACAGAAUAACAACCAACUACUCUGAGAACUAAUUAUGAGUAUUUUAAAAUCCCUGAAAGAUUACUUUAUUCGUAUUAAAAUAAAAUUAUUAGUCUAUUAAUCAUCAUGAUACCAUUCUCGAAUAAAUGUAUUUUCUUUUUUAUUUAUGAGCAUGUCUUUACUCUUGUGUUUAUAAGUAAGGGAGGAUUCCCUGUCACGUUCACGUACACAUUAAGUACAAACCUUUUUUUAGUGCCUAAGUAUCUAUCACAAUAAAUACUACUUCUAUAAUGCAAUUAUAUAUGAUCUUCAGUAAUACACCAAAAUAGGUAUAUUUAAUUAUAGUUAUAACUUCAGUUGUUCCAAAAUCAAUUAAAUGUAGGACAGUUUUUUUCACUGAGUGAAUUGAUGGCGCUAAUGAUGUGAUGUGUUGUUUUAAUCGAAUUGUAUAUCAAUAAUGUUUUUGAUUGUUUUUAUUUUUUUAAUUACCUAUAUUAGAUUUAAUUAAAUUAUAAUACAACAUAAUAACAGAAUUUAUAUAAACAGUGUUUAGAAAACUGUAAGGAACCAAAAUAUAUAAUUAAUUAAAAUAAAGUAAUUAAAGUUAUAAGUGCAAUAUCCAAAACAUUACUUAAUAACACUAGCGCCAUCUCUUGGCAAUCAAUACAAAUGAUUCGAGAGGUACAGUCAACUGCACUUAAAACAAUUUUUAAAAUUUCCACUCUCGAUUUUAAACCAUAAUUUGUAGAGAAUAGAGCUCAAAAGUCCAAUUUAGAAAUUGGACAUAAUGUGACAACUUGACGUGCAGCCGUAUGUACUAUACUAAAACAAUGUUAGCACUUUGUGAAGUGCAUAUAAUACUUUCAUCGUUUAUGAUCUAUAGAUGAUUUUAAAAACAUCCUUAAAUGAAAUUAUACUAAAUAUCUUUGUUUCCGCAUGGAACAUGAAAAGAUUACAUUUAUAUUAUUAUAUUAGGAUACGGUUAUUUUCUAAAAUUACACAUUGAAAAUAUUGCAAAAGAAACAAAUAAUAUUGUAUUAAUUAAGUUAUUAUAAUGUUAAGCAUAGGUAUUAUUUAAUAAAUAAUGUAUGUAUUGUUAUUAGGUGAGCAGCAACCGAAACAGGGAGAUUGUUUAUUAGAAGUAGACUGAAUCAUAGUAAUAUGCCUAAUUUGAGUUAAAAGUUGCUGGUUACCUAUCAUAUUUAUAGGUUACAAUAUAAUCCAAAAACUACUGCCAAUUUUCACAAAAGCACUUACCAAUUUAAUAAAAAAAUAUGAUAAUUUGUUUCUUUUUCAAUAACUGAAGUCUUGAAGGCUUGUGCCAUAGUUAUACAAAAUUAAUUGUAUAAUAUUUAUGAAGAUUUUCUUAUAUAUUUGGAUUUAAAGAUAGUUUCAUGUAUAAUCAGAAAUCUUUCGGACUAACGUAACACCAUAAUGAGAAUUUUUAUAUUUGGAGUUAUAUUUUAUAUGUUAUACCUAAUAUGUAAAUAGUCGAUCUACUGAAUCAGAUUGUUUUAAAUAUUAUUUAGAUAUGAUUAAAUUCUGCAAUUUUUAUAUUAUUGUUUUAUUCCUACACUAAUAAUGCUGGCAAUUCUAAUGGACUGUUCCAUUAUCAAAGCACCGGGCCAGCUAGAAUGGCCACCCUACUAAAGCAGCUAGUACUUAAGAGAAUGAGCACUAACGAAGACAUCCGCGACCAUUUAAAUAACUUUAUGGACAUAGUAGAUAAACUCGAGGUCAUGGACAUCAAAAUCCCAAAGGAACUGCUCAGUGUCAUGAUUUUAUACAGCUUGCCGACUUCUUACGAGAAUUUCCGCAUCGCAAUAGAAUCAAGAGAUACACUGCCUAAUCCUGAAGAUUUAAAAGUUAAAAUCUUUGAAGAAUCACAGGCGAGGAGCAAUGCAGAGAAACCAGAGUCCGAAGAGAAAACUGAAGCUUUAAUUUCCAAAAGGAAGAAGUUCUGUACAUUCUGUAAGAAAAACACGCAUAGUACGGAAUCAUGUUGGUCCAACAAGAAACAAGGCAAAACUUUUAUGAAAGUUUCAAAGGGCAAAGACAACAAACAACAGAAAAGUUUCAAUACUUGUCUAAAUUUAAAUAAUGUAAAUAUGUCAAAAAUGUCAUGGUGUUUAGACAGUGGAUGCACGUCACAUAUGACGAAUAAUAAACAAAUAUUUUUAAAUAUUUCCGAAGACAAUGGCUCGGUAAAAUUAGCUUCAAAUGACCACUCGACACCCGUCAGAGGAAAAGGCACGGUACAAGUAAGUCUGAACGAAUACUCAUGCAAAUUACAUGAAACUCUUUAUGUGCCAAAUCUCUCGACAAACUUACUUUCAAUUGGGAAGAUCACGGACAGAGACAAUAAAGUUGUGUUCGAGAAAGAUAAAGCUUAUGUUGUUGAACCUAACGGUGACAUAUCACUAAAAGCAAAGAGAAAGGAUGGCUUAUACUACAUAUGUUGUGAAUCCGAAGAUAUAGCAAAGUCAGUAGCUGUCGAAUCAGAGAUGAUGAUGUGGCAUAAGAAGCUAGGCCACAUUAAUGAGAGAGACCUAAAACAAAUGGCUAAAGACAAGAAGUUAAGAGGACUUAUUUUUAAGGAAGAUAAACUCGAUACCUGCGAAUCAUGCAUCAAAGGUAAAAUGACACGAUUACCAUUUCCCAAAAAUGAUUCUAUAAAUAGCAAUCAACCAUUAGAAAUCAUUCAUACUGAUGUCUGUGGCCCAUUCGAAAUAGAAACUUUGGCCGGGUCAAAGUAUUACGUCUCAUUCAUCGACGAUUAUACAAGAUACAGCUACGUCUACUUUAUGAAGAACAAAAAUGAAGUGUUCCGACUAUUCAAAGAAUUUAAAGACGAAGUGGAGAAUUUUCACAAACUUAAAAUACAGAAUCUACAAUCUGACAACGGCACUGAAUACAGAAACAAAGAGUUCGAUCAGUAUUUAAGGGAGAACGGGAUAAAGCGACGACUUACCGCACCUUACACACCCCAACAAAACGGUGUUGCUGAACGCAAGAACAGGUCUUUAUUAGACAAAGCUCGUUGUUUGAUGAUAGAUUCAAACGCGCCCAAGAUUCUUUGGGCCGAAGCUGUAAAUACUGUAAAUUACCUUGUAAAUAGAAGUCCAACCAAACUACUAAAAGGUAGUAUACCAUAUGAGAUGUGGGUAGGCAGACCAGCAUCAGGGAAUCAUCUCCAUGUAUUUGGAAGCAAAGCUUUUGUCCUCAAAAAGACACGCCGUGGAAAGCUAACUCCUAAAUCUAUCAAAGGUGUAUUUAUGGGCUAUGCGUCAAAUGCAAAAAGUUAUCGGAUAUUCAUACCAGAGAAAAAUGAUAUAAUGAUAAGCAGAGACGUGAAGGUAAUAAAUGAAAUGUAUUACGAAAGCAAAAAUGAUACUUAUGAAAGUCUUAUU